ACAACACAUGAGAACUAUUGCGCCCUCUCGCGGUCCACCAUUCCUUCUUUUUAACCUUUUUCUGCGUUCGAAGCGAACUCACUGAAUAUUUCUCGUGUUUUCCCCGCAAUCCAGGACAAUGCAGAAACCAAGUAAGAGGGAGCCAAUUCAGGCGGUGCAGGUGUUUGGACGUAAGAAAACCGCCACCGCUGUGGCCUACUGCAAACGCGGGCAGGGUCUGCUGAAAGUUAACGGACGCCCCCUGGAAACAAUUGAGCCAAAAGUGCUGCAGUACAAACUCCAGGAACCUCUCCUGCUUCUCGGAAAGGAAAAGUUUGCUGGCGUUGAUAUCCGCGUGAGGGUCAAGGGAGGUGGUCAUGUGGCACAGAUCUAUGCUAUCCGGCAAGCAAUUUCCAAGGCACUCGUUGCCUUCUACCAGAAAUAUGUGGAUGAAGCAUCCAAGAAGGAACUGAAGGAUAUUCUAAUUCAGUACGACAGAACACUCCUUGUUGCGGAUCCACGUCGCUGCGAACCCAAGAAAUUCGGUGGUCCAGGUGCUCGUGCCCGCUACCAGAAAUCAUACCGUUAAAUUCUUUUGCGGAAGCGUCCCAAUUUGUAUUUUUCAUUGCAAAAAUACAGGCAAAAAAACUACAA